CGUAUAAUCGUAAUAUUUAUAUUAUUAUUAUUACCGUCGUCGUCUAAAAGCGAAGGAUCGAUCACAACUGUGUUUAAAUAACAAUAUAUCGUAAUAUUAUUUAACGAGAUAUCGCCGAUUCGUUUUGCGCACAGUGCUCUCGUUCGUGUCGCGUUCUACAAUUUUUUAGAACGUAAAUCACAUUUUUUUUUCGCCGUUCCUACUGUAGUUCGUUUCGCUUCAAUCCGACGACAGCUACCAUGAAAUCAAUACCUUUGUGCCGUAACAACAACAGCAGCAGCAAUAAUAGCAACGGAGGUUCGACCGGACCCGCGGUAACCGGCGGCCGGGUGCACCGCAAGCGCGGCGACCUGGAAGACGAGAAGAUCCAAAAAUACCUGUCCAAACUCAAGGACCUGGUGCCGCUGAUACCCAAGGACAAGCGGAUAUCCCGGCUGGAGGUGAUCCAUCACGUGAUCGAUUAUAUAUGCGACCUGGAGGACAUGCUGGAGAAUCACAGGUCGGUCAACGCGGACGCGGUACACUCCGCAGCCGCGGCCGUCAUGCUGUCGUCCUCAGUUGCCGCCGUCCGACAACCGUUGGGCAUCAUAUCGACGCCGAACGCGCUUGCCGCCGCCGCCGCAGCCGUCGCAGUGGCCGCACAGCCGCAAUCGUCCUCCGAAUCGACCAUGUCCCCUUCUUCUCGGGCACAAGACAAGCUGUCGAGUUCGUCAGACACGAGAGCCGUUAGCUGUUAAACAAAACAAAUAAUAAUAAUAUUAAAGAGAUAUAUCAUAUUGUACUAUUUCAAAAACAACACACAACAUAUUGUAAUAAAUCAAACAGAAAAUGAAUAAUUAAAAAUAAAACGUCGCCUAUCUACGCCGCAGCAGCCUGCAGUCACCGUACCGAGGAACAUCAUUUGUCGAACAUACAAGUAUAUAAUAAGUACAUUUAUAUAUUUAUGUCUGAAGAGAGAGAUUACGUUAUGUAUACACAUACAUUCCAAAUAGAUUCGCCAUACUCUCGGUAGUUGACUCGGUUCUGUCUGUUUCUCGGAAUAGCGCGUUUUUUCUCGCCUCUCACCCAUAAUGUACAGUUUAGGUUUAAGUCCUAAUUGUUAUUAUUAUUUAUUAUUAUUAUUAUUUUAUUAUUAUUAUAUUAUUAUUUUUUUUUUCGUUAUGACUGUGAUCCUAUCAAUAUGUAGUCUAGGUUUUAGUAUUUAUCUAUUAUUAUGUAGACGUUUAGCUCUAGCAAGUAAUCUUACUACGGUAAAAAAAAAUUUAAAAAAAUGUUUAUUUAAAUGUAGCCCUAUUUAUAUAACAACCGGGUGGAUUUCGGCCCGAAUCCUAUAUAGAAAUAUUUUAAAGAAGUUCAUUAUAUUAUGUUAAAAAAAAAAAAAAAAUCA